CAGCCUCCUUCUUCAGCCUGUCUACCACUUUGUUAAUCAAACUCUGAAUUGGACUGAAGCUCAGUCCUACUGCAGACAGAAACACACUGACCUGGCAACCGUUCUAAACUCAGAAGAACAGAACCGCCUUAUUAACACUCUUUCAUCCGCUGGUCACAGCUCUGACGUCUGGAUUGGUCUGUUCAGUGAAAUCGACUGGAGAUGGUCCGAUGGCCUGAUGGGGAGCGGAGCCGACUACAGACACUGGAGAACUUCAUCUAACGAACCUAAUUUUCAAUACUCAGACGAGCUUUGUGUGUCAUUCCACUACAGUGGGGGCUGGGUUACUGAAAGUUGCUCAUACGAACGAUAUUUUAUUUGUUACCAAGGCUCGCAGUCGGAACCCAAAUAUGUUUUUGUGCCAACACCAUUGACCUGGUCCAAGGCGCAGACGUACUGCAGACAGAAUUUCAUAGACCUCGCCACCUUCAAGAGUGACACAGAUUACCAGAAAAUCCAGCUCUCCAAGUUCAAUGGAUUCAUUCAUUGGAUUGGUCUAUUUAGAGAUCCAAAUCUUCACUGGUCUGAUGGGAGCAGCGUCGUCUUUACCAGCUGGGAUUCUGUUUCAAUUAUGAUCGGCUCGAUGACAGUCAUGUGUGGUGUUACGUCUUCUGGGAAAUCGGGUCAAUGGAAGUUUUUGCCUUGCGAAUCAAGACUGCCUUUCGUCUGUUUUGACCGUCCUGGGAGAAAACAGGUUGUGAAGAUGAGACUUUACACAGACAACUCAGUGGACCUGAAUGACCCCGUUCUGAGAGGAACCAUCUUGACAAAGCUCCAGAACAAGCUGGAGGAGACUGGAGUGAGUGGAUUUACCCUGAAGUGGAGAAAUCAGACUGAUGGAAACGUCUUCCAAAAGGAAAAUAAAACCCAGUUUGCUUUGCCUUAGGCUGAAGUCUGGUUUUGCUUUUGAAAGUGUGAUAAUGGGUUUGCUGCUGUACAAAUCAAUUAUGGUAACUGUGUGGAGGAAUGUCCAAAUGAUGUAAAUUCAUUCUGUUAAAUAUUCUGGUGGUGGUAUAGACUCGAAAAAACUUUAUGAACUUAAAAUAGCAGAAAAACAACAAAAUGUUUUUGUCCUGGUCUAGAGGUAUCUGUUUUUUUGGGUUUUUUUUGUCUCUUUCCUGAACAUUUUGUGAUUGUUGUCAGUAACAUUUUACCAUAUCCAGUUUAUUGUUGUCAUUUGGGUCUUUCCAUAUGGCUUAUUCCUUUGUCUUUAGUUCUUGUUUUUCUGUUUAUUCGUUUAUGUCAAUGUUAGCUUUAAAGGACAGAAGAUGUGGUGUGUACCUGAACAUUUCACCAACAGAGUUGGUCUAAGAGUGAGUUGGGGCAGAGUUUUUAGGAGAAACACGGCUGUAGAGUCACAUAUGACGACAUCAGACAGACAAAUUAGCAGCAAUAUGGUCAUUUUUAGAUCAACCUUAGAUCAAAACCUUGAUAUAAUUGCUAAAUCCUAUUUUAUUCAUUAUCGAAAAGCAGACAUACACAAUUAUAAUGUAUAAUUAAUACAUGAUAUAUAAUGCUUGACUGAAAUAUCAAUUUGGUGGGGACAUUAUGGGUGACAUCAGUAGCAUUUACAAAAAAAUGGAUCAUGAAAAAACAUGUAGAGGACAUUAUUUUUGGAGAGUGGAGGUAAAUAAAUGU